GGAGGAAGGAAAGCUAGAGUACUUUCUAUUACAGCUCUUUUGCCCCAUUUUCAAACCCGUCAGACUGUUUCCAACAUCUGCGAAAAAAAAGGAAGUACAGGACUUUAGAAAGUUGACAAUUGGAACUGCGGCAAUUUCACACCAUGGCGGGAGGGUCGGUAUCGGAGUGUAAGGAAUACUUAUUCAAAGUGCUGGUGAUUGGGGAAUUAGGCGUGGGAAAGACCAGCAUCAUUAAACGUUACGUCCAUCAGCUUUUCUCCCAGCACUACAGAGCCACUAUCGGGGUUGACUUUGCGCUCAAAGUUAUCAACUGGGACAGCAAAACAUUGGUGAGGUUACAACUAUGGGAUAUUGCAGGUCAGGAGCGCUUCGGGAACAUGACCAGGGUGUACUACAAGGAGGCAGUGGGAGCCUUUGUGGUGUUCGAUGUCACAAGGGGCUCCACGUUCGAGGCUGUGUCCAAGUGGAAGCAUGACCUAGACAGCAAGGUGAAACUGGCCAAUGGCAGCCCUAUACCCUCGGUGCUGCUGGCCAAUAAGUGUGAUCAGAAGAAGGAGAACUCCAACAGCAACUCUCUCAUGGACAACUUCUGCAAAGAGACUGGCUUCCUGGGCUGGUUUGAGACCUCUGCCAAGGACAACAUCAACGUGGACGAGGCAGCACGCUUCCUGGUGGAGAACAUCCUGCUGAACGACAAAGGCCUACCCUAUGAGGAGAGUAACGGAGAACGCAUCAAACUGGACCAGGAGACCAUAGCUGCCGAGAGCAAGUCUGGAUGCUGCUAGCACUGAGCCUUCCCUGAUACCACACCACCCCUCCCCCCUGUGUCUCUCUCCAGAGAAAGAGGGUGCCAGCUAGUGGGCUUGGAUAGAUCCUCAGUGCCUCCCUCCUCCACCUUCCACACUCCCACACUGAAGUUUACUUACUCAUGCCUUCCAGGAAGCUGUAUCUGAGCAUUCUAAUGGGCACCCUUAUCCCCAUGCCAAUAUAAAGGCUAGUCGUUGAUAUGGUACAUUAUACCUCCCAACCCCCAAUACCAUGGCCCUUCACCUAAUGGUCUUCACCCCAUGUCCAUUAACCCAGCAUCUGUUUAGACAGAAGGUCUUUCACACACCCACCCAACAUACUACUGCUGGAUCCUAAAACAAACGCCCUGACCUUCAGAUACCCCCCUCCCUAAGCUAAAGUGUGAUGCAGUACAACCUCUGACUCCAGAUCAGGCUGAGGGAAAGGGUCAGACAGAGGAUACUUGGCUUGACAUAGAAACAUCCUGCAUGACCACUUCCUCUAUCUCAUUUUCUAUGUGACUCUCUCUUUUUCUUCACCAUUUAUUGUUUUCUGCCGUCUCUCUACCACUGGUACGCUCAGGACCAGUCAAGAGAUACAAAUGUAGGAAGGAAAAUAGGUUAAAAUGACAGGUCUGAAAGUCAUCCCUUUUCGAUAGUUCAGUCCACCAUUCUCACCACUCCAGAUGCCACUCAAAAUACAAGCUCAUUCCACAAUAUGUUACUCUACUCUUUAUUUAUCAAAUCGACAAUCAUUGAGAGGGCGUUUCGCACAGUUUAGCUUGAAGAAACUGUCUUGCAAUGAUGCCAAGUUAUGUUUUUUGUAAUAUAUCUGAAAUAGUGUGAAGAAAAUAAUGCUCCAUAACCAUUUUUCUUUUUGUAACAUGCAGAUUUAUGUAAGAUUUCAGAUGAUCUCCCAAGCAAAGUUUAUCAUGUGAACACAAAAGGAGAAAAAAAGAAAGAGGUUACCAUAGAAAUGUGUAUCUGUGUCUGUGUGUGUCCUCAGUAAAGGUACUGAAAAGUACGUCUUGAAUGUGUACUUAUAAAAAGUGUAUGGAAGGUGAUGAGGUACGAAAGUAUCAGUGUAGGAUAGGAAUUCCGCACAAGCUUGAGAAACGGCUUGUGUCAAUUCUUUUUUUUUAAUAGGGCUGGGUCUACAAGUGUACAUGUGAAACUACUCGGAGAACAACAAAUAAAUGUUUUAAAU